CCUGCAAAUCCAAACUUUGUUCGCAGAUAGAAAUACUCGAGGGCUGGAUCAGGAAAAGGUCUUGUCUUCGGGGCAGUUGGCCCAUGUGUGAUAACUUUCGAGCAAUGUUGCUUUGGGCUUUGGCUCAUUUCUCUUAGGUACUUGGAGUCUUGCACUAAACCAUGGGCCGUACAAAGCACACACGGAGCAGACUGCUUCCGCCAAUAGAUCUUUCCAUUCUAUAAAGCAAUACCCACAAAGAAACAGAGAAAAUCCAAAAAGGGGAAAAUGGUGAAAGGAAAGCAAUACUGGCUGCUGAAGACAGAACCAGGAGAGUGGUCGUGGGAAGACCAAGCAGCGAACGGAGGUGUAACCAAAUGGGAUGGUGUCAAGAACAAGCAAGCCCAGAAACACCUCAAGUCCAUGAAAGAGGGCGAUCUCAGUUUCUUCUACCACUCGGGCGCCAGUGCUCGCUGCGUGGUGGGCGUGGUCAGCGUGGUGAAGGAAUGGUACUCAGAGAGCGGUGAUAAAAACAGGAGGUGGUGUGUGGAUGUGAAAGCGGUUGGGGAGAUGAGGAGGCGAGUGGACUUAAAGGACAUGAAACAGGAUGGGGAGUUGAAAGGGUUUGUGAUGUUUAGACAGCCGAGGUUGUCGGUAAUGCCGGUGCCCGAGGGGGUUUGGAAGAGGAUUUGUGAACUAGGAAAUGGGUUUGAAGGGGAUGGCAUUGGCAACGAUGGUGGUGAUGAGGAGGAGGAUCUGGGUUAGUUUAGGCUAGGGUUAAGGGGCUUAGAAAUCAAGAAUGUGGGUCUUUUUGGUAAAAAGAAAAGAUGAAAUGGUAGCAGUGUGGGAAUUGCUGGUAUAAGUAAAAGAUGCCCCUUUCAUUUGUAUGUAUUUUGUUUAAGGAACAAAAAGGGUGCUUAAUUAGAAUUUUGCCAAGAUGUUGUAUUUACGGGUGAAGAAAUUAAAUAUGUUGUUCUAUAUGCUCUUUUGUAUGUUAUGGAGUAUUUUGGUUUAAUAGUAUUAGAAUUCAUA